GAAUCAAUGAAACUUAUCAAAGCGGCUCUCUGGUUUUGUCGCUCCGCCGCGAAGAUAAAAGCGUUUCAGAUGAAGAAUGUGAGGAGAUCGGAAGAUCAGACCUCACAAGACAUCAGUCCGCCUGAUCUCGGGUCUUUAUGAUCGGAGGAGAGCUCGUGAAAGUCUCUCUGUAAGAGGCAACAGGCGACUGAAACGGCAAUGAUUUACAUCGCAACCACAGGAUGGACUUAUUUAUCUGGGAAUGAAUGCUGUUUUUAAUGUCAGAGAAGUGAAGGCCUGUAUAUUGAAAGGCUGAAGUCAUGGCGUACUGCGUCCAGCUCUGGAGAAUCUGGCUGCUGGUUCCACUGGCUCUGGAUCAUCUCGCUCUCGCUGAAGAUCUCAAGCCCACAAGAUGGCCUCUUUACCCUCAGAAGCCCGUGGUUCUGGUCUGGAACGCCCCGACAGAAGACUGCAGGCCUCGGCACGACGUCCGCCUCCGGCUCGAUCAGUUUCAGAUCGUGGCCUCUCCGAACGAAGGCUUCACCAAGCAGAACCUCACCAUGUUCUACAAAGACCGCCUGGGCCUGUAUCCGCACUUCCGGGACGGCGUGGCUGUCAACGGCGGGCUCCCGCAGAUCGCCAGCCGAACGCACCACAAAGAGAGGAUGCCGGAGGGGAUCGAGAAGUACAUCCGCGACCCGUCCGCGCGAGGCCUGGCCGUCAUCGACUGGGAGGAAUGGCGUCCCAUUUGGAUACGGAAUUGGGACGCUAAAGGGAUUUACAAGAGCCAGUCGGAGUUCUUAGUGGCCCAAAAAAACCCGAGCUGGUCUCAAACGCUGGUAAAAAAAGUCGCCCAGCAGGAGUUCGAGAUGUCCAGCCGCCUGUUCAUGCUGGAGACGUUACAGCUGGCCAAAAGCUUGCGUCCCAACCAGCUCUGGGGCUUCUACCUCUUUCCCGACUGCUAUAACCACGACUACCGACACAGUCUGGAGAACUACACGGGACGCUGCCCGGAUGCGGAGAGGGCCCGGAACGACCAGCUGAAGUGGCUGUGGACUGAAAGCACGGCUCUGUUCCCGUCCGUAUACAUGAAGUCCGUGUUGCGUUCGACUUCCUCCGGUCGCCAGUUCGUCCGAAACCGUGUGAAAGAGGGGAUGAGAUUGGCAUCGGUGGGCGAGGGAUUGGCGCGUCCUGUUUUUGUCUACAGCCGGCCUACGUAUGACGGAGAGCUGGAGCUGCUGACAGAGAUGGAUUUGGUGUCCACCAUUGGAGAAAGUGUGGCUCUGGGCGCAGCUGGUAUUGUUUUCUGGGGUGAAGCUGCUUACGCCAGCAGCAAGACCAUUUGUACCAGUUUGAACCAGUACUUGCAGGGUCCUCUGGGCCGUUACCUCCUCAACGUCUCCACAGCGGCCGAGCAGUGCAGUCGCUUUCUGUGCAGCUCUCACGGCCGCUGUCUGCGCAGGCGUCCGGACACGGACACGUAUCUGCAUCUUGACCCCCAGACGCACGAGAUAGUAGACCAGGGGGGCGAACUGCGCGUGAAGGGAGACGUGAGCCCGGAAGGGCGGCGGCGGAUGAGCGAUGACUUCCAGUGCCAGUGUUUUAGCGGCUAUCAGGGCGAGAGGUGUGAUCUCGAGGACCCUCUUCAGCAGCGAGGAGACGGACACGCACCCAAAGCAUUACGGAUUCUCCUCCUCGCUCCAUUGCUGAUGCAUUUACUGACCUGAGCGGUGCCAUAGACUUGAACUCGUUUCCUUGCUUAUGAAAUGUUCGGCUGGUCAGUGCGAUCCAAAUGCUGUCGUCGUGGGUGAGCUUGAAAUCGAAAUGUAUAUAUCCAACCACAGGAAACUGAGUUCCUUGAAGUUUUAAAUAAGCACUUUUGGUUUUUGCUCAUGCAACACUCGAGGCAGAUGCAACAGGAAAAUCGAAUGAACGUUUGUGAUUAACCGAUGAGUGCAUUCAUUCAGAAGAAGCUUUGAGCAAUUUGGUUUAAAGUGCCUGUCUUGGUUUGAGUGUAGAUUUGAGCUAUGACUAUAAAGAUGUUGGUUAUCUAACUCUACAGCGUGGGCUGUAGGCAUCAUAUGUAGUUAAGGAAAUACACGUGUGUGUGUGUGAUUCAAACAGGAUCUGAGUAAGCCUUAAAGACGCAGCUCAGCCUAAAAUGAAUAUUCUGUCAUUAGUUAUAUCUUUUAUAUUGAAGUAUUUUCCUAAAAGACUGAGGAUAUAGUAUGUGAGCUGUGCAAACCACUUUUAAUGUUUAAUAAUAUGUGAGGCCAUCGAGUAUGUAGAUGAAUUUGAAUGUUUCUUUGUUAGAGAGCAUUUGGAGAAAUGUAGCAUUACAUCAUUUGCUCAUUAAUGGAGCCUCUGCAGUGAAUGGGUGCCGUCAGAACGAGAAAUCAAACGGCUGAUGAAACAUCACAACCCACACCGCUCCUGUUUCAGUUAACAACUUUUGAAGCCAAAAGCUGCAUGUUUGUAAGAAAAAAAUCAAAUGCUAAAGUGUUUUAACUUUGAACAAUGCAUAUGUCUUACCUGAUUCAGGACUCCUAGUUUAUCCAGAAGAAACGGUUCAAAGUUCCAGCAAAUCCAUGAAGAUGUUUUUAAAUCACAAACUAACUUGUUUAAAGGUUGUGGAUUAUUUAUACUACUUCUAUUUAUCAGCCGUUCGGCUUCUCUUUCUGACGGCACCCAUCCAUUGAUGAAUAAGCGACGUAGUAAUGAUACAUUUCUUAAAAUGCGUUCUUGUGAAGAAGCAAACUCCUCCACAUCUUGGAUGGCAAGAGGGUGAGUACAUUUAAAUGUUCAUUUUUGAUUUCGCUUUCAAAUGUAGGUUUUUGAACGUACUGUUCCUUUAAGAUGAGACUACUGUUGCUGGAAAUGUGGAUACAUGUCAUGCAAUGUGGCUUAUGCAGGCUGGCUUAUAUCCUGUUAUUUAAAAAGUGUUUGGCAACUUUGGAUUAUAUAGUCUUUUAUUGCCGUUUCACUGACUAAUUCAAUUGUUGCCAAAUCAGCAUAUAUUUUCAUGCAUAUUGUUUGCUUGGUUCAGCGUCUCUGUCAGCGUUGUAACAGUGAUUGUUAGGAGACAGCGGUUACAUUCAUAUGUGAAAAAGGCACUGGACUGUGAGAGAAGCGUUUGCAUUAUAUCUUUCUUUAAAUUGCCAACACAUUUGUGAAUCAGAUUUUCUGAAAUUGUGAUUUAAAUGAUUUCUGCAUUAAAAAAAGUUGACCUUUUUAA